UUGUGCAUAGAAGUUAAUUCCUUGCUUGUUGAAUAGCGACUUAACAUUGGUCAUCAGUAUGCAGUCUUUCGCGUCGCUAGCUUUUCUAGUGACUAUCUUGAUUGGGUUGGCGUGUUGCGAUGUGUCUCACUUGUUCAAGGAGAUUGUCGUUGAGGACGAAAUCGCAACCCAUCCACCGCCACCGAGACCCUACGCAUUCAGUUAUGCAGCAGGACGUCACCCAGGACAUGUGGAUCGUACGCACAGUGAAGUUUCCGAUGGAAGUGGCGUCGUUCAGGGAUCGUUUUCCUAUGUCGAUCCCAGAAAUGAAGUUCGGACGGUAGAUUACGUCGCUGAUGCUCAUGGAUUUUACCCACGGUUGAGUCACGUACCAAAAUCUCCUAAGCAAACCGAAGCAGUUCAACGUGCUGCGCAUAAACAUUUUGCGUUGUAUGCAAAGAUUGCGGAAGAACACGCCAACCCCCACCAUGAGACUGUCGAAGCAUCGCUGCCUAGAGAUACAGUUGCAGUAUCCAAGGCCAAAGACAAGCAUUUCACACUGUACGAAAAAAUCGCACAUCAACAUGCCCAAAUUGCAGCGGAACGCGAAGCAGAACGACUCGCUUUCGAGGCUACUUCAGAAGUCAACGGAUUACACUAAGCGAAACCAUGUAUAAAGAGCAAAACCGGUGUGUGACUGAUGUAAACCAAUCGAAAAUGCAAGGACACUGUGUUCGCAAUUGUGGACCUUUCUAACUUGCCUGUAUUUGUUGA